UGUGACAACAGAUGACUUCAAAGCAGGUAACGUAUUUUGGCUGUUCUCGGACAAUAAGCCGUCUUGAGAAACAUGAUUUGGGAAGGCGAGUGACGCAAGCCGAAAUGACCACGACAGACAAGACUAAAUAAUUCUCCGUGGUUCGAAUGAUUUUAACUGGCUUCGCUGAUAAUCGGAAGCGAUGAAAGCUCUCUGGAUUUGUUGAUAUUUAAAAGAGAGUAAAGACAUCAAGCUAAGAGGAGUGAAGCAAAGUGAAGUGAUGACAUUUGAAAGCCAUUGAAGUAAUUGAGCGACUAGGUAGUUCAGAGCUUUGGUAAUCGACGUGAAAGCAGAUAAUAUGGAAUCGAAAAAAGAAUGGAGUCGACCUGACCAACAGAUCAUUGCCUUCUACGUCGCUCAAGAGGCCGCUGUUGAGAAAAGAAAUGAGGAAAAUAAUGUUGUGCCUCUUAUAAAGUUCUUUUCAUUUCUUUGUGUACUGCUUGGUUUCACUCUUCUUGUUCUACGCAUGGAAUAUCAGCCUUCUUUUACAAAGAACUGGUUCAACGAACCUUUAGAUCAACCACUUGAUAUGGAACCUUUUGACUGGGGUAUAGAAACAACAAAAUCCACGGACGAUACACAUGAAGGUGGCUCUGAAGCGUCAGACGUCCUCCCCUUGGCUGUUUGGGGUUUGUGGGGUCCGUGGAGUGAAUGCAGCAAGAGGAAAUAUUGCCAAGAAGGACAACAACAUCGCCGUAGAGUAUGUUUGUCUUUGGAAGAAUCGGCUCAAUGUAUGGGUGUCUCCAUGGAAGCCAGAGAUUGCCCUACUGCUGCCUGUGUACAUGCAUAUAGUUCCCCUCCCAUUUUAGUGGACAAGUCACCAGCAUCGGCAACAUCAUUUCUUGCUCAAGAAUGCAACGCUACAGUUAAAUAUGCGGCAAGUGGUAGAUUUGGAGACCUUGUACCAAGCACUGUUUAUAGUUUAUAUCCUUCUGCUAAAAAGAUGUUUAAAAGCGGAUUUUUUGCCUUGGAGAGGAUUCCUAAAGUUCUCAAGCACGAGUCUGAUAUAACUAAGGUGUGUUUUGAACCUUUUGGAGUGUGGUCUUUGACAGUAGCUCGAAAAGUGUUCCACUUAAACAGAUCCACGAGAGCCUCUCUGAACGAAGUAAAAUCAAAUCGCGUGAUUGGGUUGGCCAUAGCUCUUCGACCUGAUGGGACGUUAUACGGGGUACUGUUAGCCACAGGAACCUCAGAAGGGGUCUAUGGCAACGUUUAUUACAGGCGUUUUCGAGGAUUGAGUUUCCACGAUGAUAUAUCAUUUUAAGAUGUUGACGACAUUGGUUGUUCUUAGAAUUAUUUGUUUUUUAAAACCGUUCCAAGGAAACUGAAAGCGCCCCAGAAGACUGAUUUCUUCGCGCACGAUGUUAGUAAUGCUGGAAAUCAUUUUUGUAACAGUUUUGAAAUGUUUUUAAAAUGUUUUUCAUCAGAUCAUGAAAUGAUUUUUAGACUUGUACACACAUUAGAAGGUCUGGGCCGCUACUUAAGCCUGUUUACCAGCAAGGAUCGGUAAAAGAGAGGUUGCUACACCGUGCUCGAUAAUCAAAGGCCAAGCGCUUAAGAGUUCCGUGGAUAAACUCAAUGGUCAUGCAGUUAUGGAAUUUUUUUAAGUGAAAAUGAUUACAGCAACAACAAGCUGCUCACAGAAACACAUGUUUUGUAUUGCAAUGAAGUCAAUAACUAACAGGAAACGAUGAACAAAAGGUGGCAUCAAUAUUUAUUGAGGAAUUAGCCCGAGCAACUUAAUUUUUUUAUGAGCGUAUAGCAAUACUUAGGAGUUAUUUGAAUAACUAGUGUAUUUAUUUAAUAAACAUUCCUACUUCUUGUACUUUA